AUGGGUAAUCCGGGUCCUUCGGGUGGGGGAGGCAUAUGUAGGAAUGAUAAUGGGACAUUUCUAUUCGGCUUCUCCAUGGGAUAUGGGGUUGGAUCUAAUAAUAUGGCAAAACUUCGCACGAUUCACGACGGGAUGCUGAUAUGCUUGGAAAAAGGCUUCGACAGGGUUAUAGUGGAAUCUGAUUCAAAAUUGGCUAUUCAUAGCCUCUCUAAUCAGUCCAAGACCCCUUGGAAGUGGGAUUCUUGGUUGUCUCGUAUUAACCGCUUACGUAGCCUGGGUACUUUUGUUUUCACUCACAUUCUCAGAGAAGGCAGCGAGCCGGCGAAUGGUUUGGCUCGGGAAGAGAGUCUUCUUCUACAGUCCUCGAUCUACCUCCAUUACAGGUGCCUUCCUCCUAUUGUCCAAGGCUCUUUUAGUAUUUGUUACUUGCCGCAGGGAGGGACGUGA